AUGUCGCAGGUACGGAAGCAAGUCUUGACACGCUCCUCAUUGGCCUGUCUCUCCUGUCGCUCGCGCCAUCAGAAAUGCGACGCCAAGAAGCCGCAGUGUACGCGCUGCAGCGAGGCGGACCGGCCGUGCCAGUACACGAGGUCUCGCCGCGGCGGCAACGGUGCACGGGAAGACGUGGCGCAUCAUCAUCGCCCAUCGCCAAACACGCCAGAUCAACUCGAGGAGUACAUAUCCGCCCUCAUUACCCCGCCGGCGACGGAGGGACUGCCGCCGACCAGCGUCUUGUCUUAUACGUCGCCCGCUCAGGUCUCGCCUCGCCUCGGCUCACCGCCGCUCGAUGGCGGAGAAGCGCGCGUGAGAAGAAGCUCCAUCCAGAACCAGUGUGAAUUCGGCAAAGACGCGCUCAUAGAAGCGUACUACCAGACCUUUCACAAGCUCCACCCCGUGGUCCUGCCUCGUCGCUACCUGCUCGCUUUCCUCGGCGACGCCAGCUGGCGGCCCCGACUGGAGCCGCUCGCCGCCAUUCUCCGGCUGAUCGGGCAUCUGUACCUUCACCACGAGUGGUCCUCCACGCUGCAGAACGAGGCAGAGAGCGGAAUGCAGCGGCUGGCCAAGACGGACCCGAUCCGCGUCCAGUGCCAUUUGCUCUACUCGGCCGCGCUGUUCUGGCAGGACCAAAAGGCCAAAUCGCAGACGGAGAUGGGGAAAGCCGUGGAACGUGCCUUGGAGCUCAAACUGUGGCAGAGAGAGUUUGCGGCGACGCACAGCGACCAGGAUGCAGUGCUGGCCGAGUGCUGGCGGCGGACCUGGUGGAUGGUGUAUUUGUUUGAUGCGUUCUAUGCCGGAACGCUGGGGACGACGGGGUUUUCAGUCGUCGCCGUGGAAUCGACGGUGGACUUGCCCUGCGAUGAAGCAAAGUAUGAAUCAGGUAACAUCCCGCAAUCAAGAACAAUACGGGAAUGGGACUGCCGAGAGUUUGACCAAGAAGAAAAGCCGUUUUCCUCGUUUGCCCAUCUCAUCGGCGCGGUCCGGUGCGCGACGCUCGCAAAAGAGGCCUCAUUGAAGCGCGAUCCGCGCAAGAACCCCGACGACGUGCUUCAUGUCGUCGAUUCCAUCCUCGACAGCUGGAUGCUCCUGCUACCAAAGUCCAAGAAACAAGUCAUGAUGCGCAACGGCGAUAUCGACGAGCUGCUAUUCCAAGCGCACAAUCUCAUCCAUGUCGUAAUGAUCGGGUACCACCGCCCCCUCUCCGAUCUCAAGUUCAACGCCGUCGAGGACAUUUCCAGCUGCGCGCGCAACCCGGCGCCGGACACGCCGACGCCGGAGCACAUCAACGUGCACACGGUGCGGGUGCUGCGCUGCGUCGAGGCGCAGAUCCGGCUGCUCGCGCUGCCGUCGCGGCCGUUUGACCGCACGCCGUUUUGCACGUGCAUGAUUAGCGAGGGCACGCUGGCGCUGCUGUCGGCGUGCAAGUUUUUGCUGCGCGGCGACGAGCUCGCCGUCGCGCGCGACCAGAUCCGGCUCACGAUUGGCUGCCUGAAGCACCUCGGCCAUCUGUGGCCGCGCAUCGCCCGCAACGUCGCGCAGAUUCAGACCAUUGCAAAGCACGUGCUGGGCAUGGAGGCGGCGCAGGUCGCGGCAAAGGACGUGGCGGGCUCGGCCACGUCGGUCGAGGACGGCGACAGCAGUGUGGCCCAGGGGACGAGCUCGUCGAGUAGUGAUGUCUUUACGGCGAUGAGGGAUUUUGAGGACAUUUGUGGAUGGUAUGAUAUUGGCGAGAUGGAUCCGGUGUUGUCAUUCUGGCCAGCGGAUCAAGGGACUUGA